AAACUCAAGUCUCAAAGUCAAACCGUAAGAAAACAAAUAUUUCCGUGGUAUUUCGUAAUUCAAUUCAUUAUCAUUUAGCAACGAACUGCGAAGAUAUAAUUAUUAACGCAACGCCUAUAAUAAUAUAUCUGUUUCAAUCUAAAUUGAAGUCUUAGUAAACUUUUAACUACGAAUCAACAUAAAAAUCAUAACAAGAAAUCACUAACUUUUGAUUAGUAAUCGUCUACCCGGUUGCAUCAUGUUAUCGCGAAUGUGCGUAGCUCGAUCUGCUUUGCAUGUCACUCAGUCAUUAAAAACGCCUGUGCCGCAGAAGUUUGUACCUCGAAACUACGUAAUAAGGAAUUAUGCACGGGAAACCAGAUCCCGUGUUGCUACAAGGACUCAACCAACAAUAUGGGAAAGGCUGAUGGCUCCAGCUGGUCCCAAUGCUUUCAGUAUGGGAAAAGGUGCAUUGGCUGGAGCUUCUGCUAUUGGACUAGUGGCUCUUUGUUAUUAUGGUUCUGGAGUAAAACCAGGCACUCUACAGGAGGCACACCUCUGGCCUCAAUAUGUAAAGGAUAGAAUCAAAGCAACAUAUGGCUACAUAGCUGGAUCAUUGAUAGUGACUGCAGGCAGUGCUAUUACCGUGUUCAGGACUCCUGCACUGCUUAACUUAGUGGCUCGCAAUGGUUGGAUGUCAAUCAUAGCAACAAUGGCUUUGAUGAUUGGUUCUGGAAUGGUUGUCCGCGGCAUGGAUUACACUCCUGGUUUUGGCGCUAAGCAGGUGGCCUGGAUGGUCCACACUGGGAUCAUGGGAGCUGUCAUUGCUCCUAUUUGCUUCCUUGGUGGACCAAUACUUAUGCGAGCUGCCUGGUAUACUGCUGGUGUAGUGGGGGGUUUAAGCACAAUAGCAAUCUGCGCGCCCUCUGGCGAGUUCCUCAACAUGCGCGCGCCUCUAGCCAUGGGACUGGGUGCUGUGUUUGCUGCAUCAGUGGCUGGCAUGUUCCUUCCUCCCACCACUGCACUUGGAGCUGGACUUUAUUCACUCAGUCUGUAUGGCGGUCUGAUAGUAUUCGGCGGGUUCUUGUUGUAUGAUACACAGGCAAUCAUUAAACGAGCUGAGAUGCACCCAACAUAUGGAUUCCAGCCCUACGAUCCGAUUAACUCUGCUGUGUCCGUCUACUUGGAUAUCCUGAACAUAUUCAUGCGUAUUGCAAUGAUCUUGUCGGGCGCUGGUGGAAAUAAGAGGAAGUAAACAGGCUGCAUAAGACUUAGAUUAACACAUGAAAAUUAUACUAUAUAUUCUAUAACAGCGCAUAGACUACAGUAGUCUAUGUGACUGUAAAUAAUGAAAGGCAAUAAACACGAGUAUUUUAAUGCCUAAUUAAAUUAUGUACAGUUACAUAAACUACAUUAGCUACCCACAUAACAUAAGCGUCCAUGAUGCAUUCAGGAGCCGCAUACUAUGACGGUAAUGGCGGUAAUGAAGUUUGCUGGGAGCUGUCAUUGUUUUUUUAAUUCAUAGACAAUCUAGAGUUCGCCCCAACUGUCAUAUCGUUCGAUAACUUACGUGCAACAUUUGUUCGCAAAUUGACAUUUCAUUAAACUUAACGUCAUCUCGACUGAUAUUAAAAUGAAGGUCAAUUCAAAUCGCUUUGUUUUCGAAAUUUGAAUGAAAUAAUAUUAUCGAAAUCGAUGUUUUUUUUUUCUUUCUUUGGCAGGGCACUGUAUGCGCAUUCAGCCAAAAAUUGAUAUUAUUAAGCAAUAAUAACAUUGUCACAGAUAAGAAAUUUGUUCUAACUCUAUUUAUGGUGGUGAUAAUAUGCGGGUUCUUGAACACAUCAUGGAUGGUUUAUGAUAUUUGAGUAUAUAAAGUUAUUUAAUGAAACAAUGUCAACACUCACAUUAACAAUAAACCUUUAAAUAUACUUGCAUUUUGAUUAUGAUAUAUUCCAAAACAAAAUUACUUAAUUAUUAGGUACAUAUGUUUUAGUUUGUAUGUACUCAAUAGAGGUUUGUGAAUUAAAUUAAUAACCAAUAUCAUUGUAGGAUUUAGUUCGCUUUGACAACUUUUAUAUGUUAUCUUUAAAUGAAAUUUUAUAUUGCAAUCCAAUCAAUAUUAAGUACUAAUUAUGAAUGUAGAAGUUGGUGAUCAAAGAUUUUAUUUAUAUUCUUUUGGUAGAAAAUAUUGUAGGCUUUUGUGAUAUUAUUGUUAAAUAGGCUGACCUGUUAAGUUGAUAUAAGGAGAUGUAAUUUCGUUGGGAGACAUUAAAUUGAAAGUAUUUAAAA